AUGGGGCAGGGCGAAGUCUGGCUGAUCUCGCAUGUGGAGCGCGCAGUGGUCCCUGUACGCCCUGAUGCUGGCUUGCAGGACUUCCCGCCAGGGACGUGGUGGCGGGCCAUCGUUUACAUCCGGGAUGGAGUAAUGCGAAGCCGGGCGCUCAUUUACAUCGAGGCCUACUUGGCCUACUUGUUCCGUCUUUAUGAUACCUCUCAGGGGAUUGCGGUAGGAAGAGGAAGUGAGGAAGACGGCUGUCGGGGGUCUUUCGCACCCCAAGGCGAGAAGAAGAUGGAGGGAGGCUUCGACCUGAGCACGGACGCGAAGCGCAAUGCUGCGGAAAACCGCUUGCGCAGCUCUGCAGCCGCAGCUGCUUGGCGGAACCUGCUGACUCUGCUGACAGCAACUCUCAGUAUGACUCUGGUGGCACGGGCAAUGGCGAUGUUCACGCUGAUGCCUGAAGAAUUGCACGCGGAAGCUAUCCCGAAGCUCAUCGCAGCGGCCAAAGCUGGCCUGACGCGAGUCGCUGCCGGGUGA